AUGGUAGACAAGGUUCCGUUACCAAAGUGUGAAACUUUGAAAGUGCAAAGAGUAAAUUGUCAGAUUACAAAACUUUCGAGUAAAGCUGCUAAUAAAAAUGACAAGCAUUGGCAAACAGUUCAAAACAAACUGAUAGAUGUUAUGGGUCCUUUGUGCACUAUUUGGAAACUGUUAGAGUCUAAUGAUCUGGACAAGAAAAUGAUAAGCACACUUAUUCAAAAAGCAAUUCUUAUUGCGGGUCAAACAAACCAAAUGUUAUCUUAUUAUAGACGUUAUGAGCUUUUGGCUCCAAUAUUGAGCUUUGACAAACGAGAAAUCAAUGAGUUUCUCAGAAUCAAUGAAAAGAGGUUCAUUAAAACACCAAAAGAGUUGUUCGAAAAGAAAAGUUUCAAAGAGCCAAAGAGAGAAAAGACAUGGCAUAUCUGAGGAAGAACCUUAAAAGUGAUAAAUCUACAGGUUCAAGGUAUUUUAACAAGCCCUUUCGUGGGGGCCACUCUUCAAGUACCAAUCAGAGAAACCAGCAAGGAGGGUGGCAAAGCCACUCUGACAAAUCCAGAGGUAGUGGCAGAGGUCGAGGCUGAGGUAGAGGCACAGCCAGAGAUGCUGAUAAAGACCAAAGCUCAAACAGGACGUAACCUCAGACAAUCCAAGAGAAACUACUAGUAUGAUGAAGACUAGACUUUAAGAGAUAGGACUCUAUACCUUGUUUAAGUUUCGCUCAAACUGACAUAUCUACGGAAUAUAAGAGCGCAGUGUAUUUGGAUUUCCCAGGCAGGGAUAGAGAUUUAUUUAUUGGCUCUCCCAAGUAGGGAUAGAGGAAUCAGUGUUAUUGACACUCCCAGGAUGGGAUCAAGACUUCACUCUGUAUAUAGACUAUACUUUCCUAUUAUUGAGGAUCAAGUUUUUUACGAAGGCCCCCAACGAAGUGGGCGGAGCCAUU